ACAUUUCAUUUUAAUACAAAUUUUUAGGUUAUAAACUUAAAGUCGAGUCAUUUUGAUUAAAUAAAAAUCAUGUCUCAACAAAAAUUAGCAAUCGUUACCGGUGGUAAUAAAGGUAUAGGUUUUGCGAUUGUGCAAGGUUUAUGCGAAAAAUUCCAAGGAAUCGUGUAUUUAACAUCGCGCGAUGAAAAAUUAGGGAAAGAGGCUGUGGAUAAAUUGAAAGAAUUAGGAUUAAACCCUCGUUUUCAUCAAUUAAACAUUGAUGACCCAAAAAGUGUUGAAACAUUUAAAAAUUACGUCAAAACUAAUUACGGCGGUGUCGAUAUUUUAAUUAAUAACGCUGGGAUUGCAUUUAAAGGCGCUUCAACAGAACCUUUUGGUGUUCAAGCUGAGGUUACAAUUAAAACUAAUUAUUAUGGCACUCUUCGAAUGAGCGAAGCCUUUUUGCCUUUAUUAAAGAAUGGGGCUCAACUCAUCCAAAUGUCUAGUUCUGCUGGGCAUUUAUUUAAAGUGCCUUCCCCUGAAUUAAGAAGUAAACUGUCUAGUGAUCAACUUACAAUCGAAAAUUUAUCUUUGUUAAUGGAGGAAUUUAUUAGAAGCGCUAAAAGCGGGAAUAAUGUUGAAUUGGGUUGGGGAUCCUCUGCUUAUAGCAUUUCGAAAGUCGGUGUGAGCGCUUUAGCUAGGAUUCAACAAAGAAUGGUCGAUGCAUUGUAUCCAGACAAAAAUAUUUCAGUUAAUAGUUGCCACCCAGGUUAUGUUUCUACUGAUAUGAGUAGUCAUAAGGGGCCUUUGACUAUUGAAGAAGGAGCUGUUAGUGCUUUAUAUUUAGCUUUGGCUCCUCAUGGAUUAAAGGGGAAAUAUAUUUGGAGUGAUUGUGCUGUAAUCGAAUGGACUGCCCCUAAUGCUCCAUAUUAAUAACUUUUUUAUUCAUAAAUAUAUUAUUAAUAUUUUUUUAAAGGUUAUGUACUAUUUUGGGAAUUUGGGUUCUUUUUUCGUUAAAAAUAAAUUAAGUUGGCAAUCUU